UCUAAUGUUCAUUUGUAAAGAAGAAAGAAAAAUUCGAACGAGAAGAGGAAGGUAAUAUAGGUGACGCGGCUCAUCAGAGAAAUUCCGUGUGCGGCAUUUGGUUGGGAUGGGAUCGUAAAAUGAAGUGGUACGAAAAAACUUAACGCCGCAAUAGUGCCGCGAUAUCUUGUGGACCGAAAAUGAUUAGGCUUCUAUUAAAUGACGCGAAAAAUGUUAUAAACAAUGGUGAUUUAUCAAGCUAAACAAUGACAUUGUUAUUACCCGACAAACAACUAAAGUGUGGAUCAGAAAACAACCAGCGAAAAUUACAAUAGUCAGCAGCGAUCCACUCACUUCAACAGUUGCACAGACACGACGUGUUCUUCCAGUGAAAUGCGUCCUGCUAUACGAUAAUCAGUCAGUGAUUGUGUCAGGUAUCCGUAUUUUUUAUGGCAAAUUUUUGAUCCAAUCCAACCAAUAAGUAAACAGAAAAUUGCAGUCAGUUACUCAGUUUAGCCUAUCGCCUGCGUUACAACUGCCGUUAAACGGAAAACUGAAGAUUACUUAAUUGUAUUGAAUCUGCUCGAUCACCGUUUAAUUCUUCGCAAAAUCAUUCGUAGAUAACCUUAAAAUCUGAUAGCAGUCAUGGAUGUAUGCUCCCCCUUUGCAAUUAUCCAACUGUUUAAAAAUCCUUUUAAUCAAUUUCUCGAACCGGAUAUCCUUGGUAUGUAGUCACGCGCUUGUGCCGACAUUGAUAAUCUGUGAAGGGUCUGUCAUUGUUAUCAUCGCUUGAACGGCUUGAUGCAAUCUUUCUGAAAAAGUAGAUCAACUUAUAGUGUCACUAGGACUUUCGUCUGUUUACUUUUGACCCGUCCCAAGUCAACAACUCUUGAAGCCAUUAUUCUUUUGAUUGUUGUGAACAAGCAAAAGUGUCGCGUGAGAAUUCGUGAUAAUGCAUCAUUCGUUCCUGUUUUCAGCGUUCUUCUUCUUUUUGCCGGUUCUAUCUGUUGACAGAUCGUUAAUUAUUCAAGCCAAUUGUUUGCAUGAUUCAUGCGAUCGGACAGUCGGAAGAACAGUGACGAAAUUGAAUGAAAUUUCAAAUCUUGACAAUGAUUUCGAAAAUGCUGUAGUUGAUCCGUGGAUUGAACAAACAGAGGCAAGUGUUAAAUGGAAAAUUGAGAACAAAACAUCACCUUGGCAAAUGGAUAACGCAGCACCUACACCGUUGAAUGGUGUAAAUUAUCUUCGUGUCGAUCGUGGGACAUCUUUAUCAUUCAGCAUAGCUAUUCUACGCAGCCCACCUUUUAAAAUUCUACCUGGUAAUGAUAACGCGAUCUUCUCCUUCUCUUUUUGGAUCCGUUCCAAAUGGCCACAAUUCACAAACCUUGAGUUGUACCUGGCAAAAGAGGAAAACGAAAGCCUUCUUCUAAGUUUGUACAAUUAUUCCGAUACCAACAAUUUUGCAUGGCAAUCUCAAUUGGUUUCGCUAACAGAUGAAACAUCGUCCACUUUGACGUUGGUGUUUUACGCUUAUUGUGGAUUAGACAUGGAAGACGCUGUUGCUAUUGACGAUCUCCGAUUCAUCACGCCAUCUACCACGUCGAAUCCGUCAUCAUCGUCAACCGAAUCCACAGCUGUAACAGACUUUGUAACUACCGAAACUAGCAAGGAUACCACUGACGUAACAGAUGUGUCCACCACAAGUACCCCGCUCAAAACAACUUCGGGACCGGAAGAGCAAACGACAACCACCACCAGCACGUCAGAUUGCUCAAGUUAUUUCGAAAGGGAUACUGGAAUGACUUGUUGGACGUUGAAGGGAAAAUGCUAUUGCUUCCUCAGGAAUAAUACCGCUGGGUUGAGUUGGGUGAAUGCGGAUGCUUUCUGCAAAAGCGGAAACAUGACGCUAGUCAGCCUUGAAACUGAAGAAGAAGACGAACUGAUCUACAACCACGUUAAAACUAUACCAGAAAUGUCCAAUGCAAAGUACUGGAGUUCAGGGAAAUAUUCGGUAGAUCAAGAUCAUUUUUGGGAAUGGGCAUCUACAGAACCCUUCCAGCCCUUCACAUACACCAAUUGGAGUCCUGGGGAACCUGAUGAAAAUAGUUUUGGACACUGUGUUUAUCUUGAUUUCAAGAAUAAUUUUAGUAGUGGUUACUGGGAAGAUUUAUUAUGCACCUACCCAAGAAGAUUCAUCUGUGAAUCAAUCAGCUAAAGUUGUUGCUCAUCUGUAAUUGAUCUAUAACUAAUUUAAUUUGUCUCUGAACACUCACUUCAUUGCCUUGUGUAAAAUUGAGGUAUGUAUACUAGAAUCCUGCUACUCCUGUUAACCAAAAAUACAUUGUGUGUCAGACUUAGA